AUGAAAUAUCAACAAAGUUCACAAAGUCCAUAUUCAAUGGUUUAUAUUUACCUUGAUCCUGGUCAACAAUGUAGAGUUGAGAGAGGUGCAAUUGUUUACUACAAUAUGGGUAUAACUGUGCAAGGCAAAAUGAAUGCUGGUACUGAAGAUGGAAGUAGUGUUGGAAACUUUUUUAAAGCAGUAGGACGUUCAUUAUCGAGUGGUGAGUCAUUUUGGAUGACAAAUGUAUCUUCUACUGCUCAUGGUUCAAUGGUUGCCAUUGCUCCUCCAACCUCUGGUCAAAUAAUUGAAUUACAAGUUUCACCAAAUCAAACAUGGUUGGUAAAUGAUGGUUGUUUCUUGGCUUGUGAUCCAACAGUCCAAUAUAAAAUGAAGAAACAAAAGGUUAAAAAUAGUUUUUUAGGAACUGGAGGACAUUGGAUUAUGAAAACAGAAGGAGAAGGUACAAUGUUGAUCAAUGGAUUUGGAGAUGUUGUACCAAUUGAUUUAGAUGGAUCGGCUCCUGUUAUUGUUGACAAUAAUAAUAUUGUCGCUUGGGAAUCGACAUUGUCAUAUGAAUCAAAGCAUUGCAGUGGCACUUUAGGCUUUAGAUCAGGUGAAGGUCGGGUAUGUCAUUUUACAGGUAAAGGAAGAAUUUAUAUUAUGACUAGAACUUAUCAACAAUUUGCAAAUGAAAUUCAAAGAUACCUUCCAAGUAAUGGUUAA